AUGGCAUCCAUACAAGAAGAACUGUCACCAGAAACCCGGCAAGCCCAGUUCGAACAAGGUGUAGCCAUCUCACUACACUUGUGGCUCUCGCUCACGGUCGCGGUACAAAAUGGAUUAGGUGGAGCCGAUUCCGAGGACAAGCGCGACUGGUUCGCCGGUGCCAUUUCCGACAUGUUCCCUAGUUUCGUCGAUCUUGCCAAGUUAUCACAAACGCAGCCUGAAAAGAAAGCACCUAAGGAGCCUGAUGUAGAGGAUGUCGAAGCGACCUUAUUACAAGUGAUGUGGGAUGAAUUUGAGACGAACGUCGACGAUGACUCCGAGGUUGAGGUUGUCGAGCGCAUAUUCAAGGUGCGUGCUCAGUGCGCUGCCGGCAAUUUCGGGUUCGUUGAGGAACUUAGGAGUAGAUGGCUCGCUACGAAGGGAAAGAAGGUCGAAGUGCAAGUGGACACAAAAGACCAAGACACUGACUGGGAGAGCGAUGACGACGAGGAUGAAGAGGAUGAGGACGUCGAUAUGGAUGAAGCGCCCGCAUUAGUUGCGGCGCCCAAAGAAAAACCACCGCCAGAAGUAGACGAGGACGGUUUCACAAAAGUCACGCGUAAGAAGCGUUGA